CAGCUAUUUCAGAAAAUGUUGAAUACUGGAGAUAUAUUUCAGUAUAUUUCAAGACCGCAAUGCAUUUCUGGGGUCGAUGAAGCGCCGUUGAAAAAAGGUGUUUUCGUGGUUUCAUGCUCAGCAUAUCAGCUCCAUACAUUCAUAUAGUAUCACUAGUCGAAGGCAAUCAAGUUUAUAAUCGUUGUUUUGUAACGCAGCUAAAGUAGAGUUUAAUAGCAACAAUGUAACAAUGUCUUUUUAUUUUACAGAAUAUGUAGAAUUCAGUAUUCAAGGUUUUAUGAAAUAUUUCUAUCUGGAUUAAUUUAAAUUGUCAAUAAAGUGAAACAUUUAUCAAACAUUUUGGAUAAACUAAAUGCCGACGGCAAAAUGCUUAUGUUUCCGGGGUGCUAAGACAUUAUGUAUACUUGCUUGAAAAUGCACAUUUUUUUGUAUGAUCUCAUGGCAAAGAUCAUGGAAGACGUCUGAUAUAAUUCCAGAAAAGUCAUUUUCUAAAUUUUUAUAUUAUUUACAGUGAGAUUAUAAAAUACACGUUAUAUAUCCACUCUCGGCGAUAAUAAGCUGUCUAUAAAUUUCACGAAUUCAAGGUGGUAUUUACUACUAAAGCGGAAUCUUACAUUCUUAAUUGCCUAUUUAGUUAUUCAAAGGUAGAAGAGCAUACAACAUACAACUCUAAAUUAGCAAUUCAGAAAGCAGAUGUUUUUGUUCAAAACAAAGUCCUUUAUUCAAAAGCUGACCUUAUCAUAAAUGCAGGUUAAUGAUGAUUCGCUCGCAUAGUAUGCGGAAAUUCUUACCAAAAAACAAUUUUUCUCAUCAAAUCCUUGUUCACCUUUAUAAGUAUGUUUAGAUAUCAAUUACCUAGUUACUAUUCUUUGCAAAUAAUUCCUCUUUGGAAAAAUACUACCCGAGAGAUGAAAAAAAAAAGAAAAGAAAGGCAUGAUAUGGUAGUUUCCAUAAGGAAAUAAAGUAACUAUAGUAUAACUGUAACGUUACAGCUAAAGGCGGUGUUGUACAGGCUGAAAGAAGAAACACAUUGAACCGGGAAUCUUUUAAAGAAUAUACAUCACGAUUAACACAAAAUCAUGUAUAAAAAGCAGUUGCUAACCAAAGUUUACUAGCUUUUUUAAGCACGAUAAAAUUACGUCUUUAGUGUGCAUAACGCAUUUAUUCAAUUGCGUGACAUUCUCCAUGUGAUACGAUCCAUGAAGUGUCAUACUUUCAGUGACAUCACUUCUUUGAUAAAUCAACAUGGACAGUUAUCGCUACCAAAUCUAGCAUAAAGUCGGCCAUUUUCUUCGUUUAUAAGAUUACUUUUCCUGGCAUGAAGUGUGCACUUCCUUCUGCAUUGUCAAGUUUAAUCCUUGCCUCUGUUUUCAUAGCGUGGUGUCAAGCUGAAACUGAAAAUAUUAUUGAAAAGCCAUAUAAGAAUUCACAAUCUAAAUGGAUAUGGUCCUGGAACAGUCAGUGGACUAGUACGACAGAUGGAGAUGGUAAAGUGUUUUACCAAGUAUGUGAUGUAAAAUCAGCCAAUGAACCAAACAAGUGGAUAAGGAGCAAUGUGUUCCUGGUUGGUGAUGCAAAAAGAAUCGAUGUCACUGUUCAAUAUGCAGUUUCUAAAUGUUCUAGUGUGCCGUCUAUACAAUACUGCAAAGAACAUGUUAACCUUUACGUUUAUAAGACUGCAAUAGAGCAUUCAACCAGUGGAAUUCCAGAGCCUUGGGUUAAGCCUAAAGUCUAUCAUUUGUUCGGAACCACAUUUCCAAAGAUCUUAGACACCUCUGGAAGUUUGUCUCGAAGUUUUGCAAAUAAUGACACCUAUUCAUUCCUUACAAACUCAACAACUCGGUAUUAUUACAUCGCUUUGCAAUAUCGAGGAGGAUGUUUUGAGUUGUACAGUGUCACCAUAAGUUACUCGGUCUGUCCAUCGUUAGCUCUUCCUACUGGUCUCAUCCAAUUACCAAAAACUAUAGCCCCAGCUAACGGUACAAUUCGGGUACCAGGCUCUUGUGCUGCGAAUGCGCAACCAUUGGCUGACAAUGCGACCUUAUAUGGAAAUUGCAAAGCUAACGGAGAAUGGAUAAUGGAGGUGAUAAGUGAUCAGUGUUUGUGUAAAGCAGGCUAUGGAAGAUACUUGAAUGGAUCUGGUGCAGUUUGUAAAGAUUGUCCACCUGAUACCUACCAAAAUGCACCGGCUAGCAAACCAUGUAAACCUUGUCCACUAAACAGUGUACAGGAUAGUAACAAAAAGGAAUGUAUUUGUGAAAGGCUCUUCUAUAGGACAAACGACGAAACUAUAUUCGAUAAUUGUACUGGACAGCCUUCCGAGCCUCGAGAUAUAAUGGCAUCAUUUAUCAAUGCAACAUUAGUUGUCAUACAAUGGAAGGCCCCCUCCGAUCUCGGWGGACGGACAGACGAUUACUAUCAAGUGGAGUGCCGAAAGUGUGGCAAUGAUGACAAAAAUUGCACCGGAAAAUGUGAUAAAGUGGAAAUCAUCCACUCCCCGAAAAACAGCAGAAAAUCCACUGUGAAACAUCUGUCUGUGUUCACCUAUUACCAAUUCAAAGUGUUUUCAAUGAAUGGAGUCACACAAUUAGCAGAGAAGAAUGGCGAAAAGCCUAAGUAUGCAAAACUUACAAAAAGAACAAGUGAAUCAGUCCCUGGUGUACCUUUGGAGAUGACAGCUAAAGUAUUAAACUCUACUUCUGUUCAUCUAAGCUGGAUUGUAUUCGMACAAAAUGGUCUUAUAACUUACUAUCAAAUUAGUUACUACCCCGUCGGGGAGAAUAAAGAGAUAAGGGUUAUGAACACAACCAAAAACAGUAUCACAAUUACUGGGCUGGAAAAAGAA